AUGGUCGUCAACAAUCCUAACAACUGGCACUGGGUCGACAAAAACUGCAUCGACUGGACCAGAAGCUACUUCUCCGAAAACUUGAUUGGUUUCGGUGCCAAAGAUGAAAAGAAUAGCAUCUACAUUGACAAGGUAUCUUCUGUAGACGGUGAUGUAGUCGUCAGUCAACGUAAAGGAAAGGUGAUGUCCUUGUUCGACGUCAGCUUGAUCUUGGGAUUCUCAGGUCACGUAGAGAACGAAAACCUGGUUCUGGGUUCUAUCACAGUUCCAUCUGUCAGCUAUGAUUCUACUGAAGACGAAUUGCAAUUCGAUAUCAACAUCUUCAAAGAAACCAGCUCAAACUCUUCAGCUUCCACAUUCAUAAAGGCUAAGAUCUUACCUCAAUUACGUAAGAUCUUGAUUAAGUUCGGCACCGACUUAAUCUUGAACAACAGUUCUGACAUCCAGAUCUCGGCUGAUAAGGUGAACUCGACUUUCACUAAGGCCAACCAAGAAGCUUCUACUAAUUCUGCCCCAGCCAAGGUUGCUAAUGUGUCUGCAACUACUGCUACUGCUACUAGUACCACUGCUGCUGCUGGUACUACUACUGUUCAGAACUCUAAGUCUAGUGUUCCAAAAUACAAUACCUCUUCCUUAUACUUGGAGCCUUCGUUCAAUACUACAGCGGAACAGUUGUACAUCACUUUAUUAAACAACGCCAGAAUUGGAGCAUGGUCUCGUUCACAUCCCAUCAUGGAAAGUGAAGUAGCAACAGAAGGUUCCACAAUCGGAUUAUUUGGUGGUUCUGUCUCUUGUAAAAUCUUGAAGUUGGUGCCGAACGAACAUAUUGUUCAAUUAUGGAGAUUGGAAGACUGGAAGAAGGACCACUAUGCGGAGUUGGAUAUCCGUUUGAUCCAAGGGGCUGGUGAAACGAGAAUGGCUGUUUCUUUCACAGGUAUUCCUAUUGGUGAAGAAGACAGAGUCAGAGGUAACUUUGAAGAAUACUAUAUAAGAGCCAUUAAGAUCACUUUUGGGUUUGGUGCUGUUUUGUAA